AUGCUGGGUGCCAGUAACAACUAUGAUUACGGGUUUGAGGCCACUUUAUCGAUAGGAGUUCAUGAUGCUGAGGGAAAGCCUGUUGACAAAAUUUUUGAAGAUAAUUAUUCCCGUGAUAUCACUAGAUGUUGUCAAAAGACCAUCAAAAUUUUGACAUCUUCGGUGGGUAUUCUAAUCCUUCUAUGUCUUUACCUCCUUGCCGGAGCCUGGGUAUUCCAAUACCUUGAACGAGGAAAUGAACUGGAGGCUUGCUAUGCCACCUAUGCUAGAUAUCGUGAUAAAUUGAACACAUCGGUGAUACGAGCUACUGGAAUUGUGGAUUCGGGAUUGUCAAAAGAAGUUGUGGCUAGUCAGCUAGAGAGUGCAUUGAUUGAUUUCGCGGAAACCUUGUUUGCACUUGACUUUCCUCCCAGUAGAAAUUGUACUAAGAUUACCGAACCACUAGGAUCAAAAUGGAAUUGGGUCAGUGCUUUGUAUUUCUGCGCUACGGUUGUCACUACAAUUGGUUAUGGCCAUGUUGCACCAGCAACUCAAUGGGGUCGCCUCGUUUGCAUGUUCUACUGCAUUCUGGGUAUUCCUCUAAUUCUUAUCUACCUUGGCAGCAUUGGCCAAAUGUUGGCCUACUUAUUCCGCUUUAUCUACGUGAACAUCUGUUGUUGUCGAUGUUUUCGUGACAUCAAAAUCCGACGCCGAAAUAAACGCCAACUACUACUUAGGCGUCUCCAAGAGGAUCUGCGACGUCAUAUGGAAAUGAAGGCGAGAUUAAAUGGUGAACCGUUGCCACCUCCCAAGGUCAGCUGUUUUAUACCUGUUUUUUUUCGAGAUGAUAAUAUCAUUCAUUCUACCUAUGGACAGAUUUUUAUCAAGGGAAUUAUCUUUACUAAGUAUUGGUUAAUGUGA